UUAAAUUUGUCCUCAAAUAAAUCACCCUUAUCAAUGUUAAAUUAUACAUAUGAUGUAGUCAUAAAUAUUUCUUCCCCAUAACAAAGACAAAUGUUGUUAAGAUGGAAUACAGUGAAGAAAUUUCUCAUAAAAGCUGGAAAGACAAGCUUGGUUCAAUUCUUCACAACAAACUGUUCCAUGCUUUUGUGGUUAUUUUGAUAGUAUUAGAUGCUAUCAUAGUACUGAUGUUGUUACUUGUUGAUUUGGAUGUUAUACCAGUAUCAGGAGAAACUGAAGAAGCCAAAGCCAAAAACCAUAAAAACGUGGAAAAUGGACUUCAUUACUUUGGUUUUUCCAUUAUCUGUCUCUUCGUAAUAGAGAUUGUACUAAGAAUCAUUGUUGACGGAGUGGAAUUUUUCAAAGAUAAACUAAACGUGUUUGAUGCUGUGAUAGUAUUACUGUCAUUUGUAUUAGAUCUAGCCCUAACGUUUGCACCAGUCAGUAGAGCUGUUAGAGAUGUAGUCAUCCUGAUGAUCCUUCUACGACUAUGGAGAUUUUUUAAAUUGAUAUGUGCCGUUAAUAUCUGUGUACGGAAGGACAUGAAAGAAGAAUUGGAGAAAGAAAGAAAAGCGAGAAUGAAAGCAGAGGAGGAACGGGACCAUUAUAAAGAAAUCUUACAAAAGAUACAAAACGAUUCAUAACGCAUAGCCCAGAUCAUUAUUUCAAUAUUUUUAUCAAUUCAUCCUUUUAUCAUUUUUAUUCGAUCAAAAGAAUGCACUCUGGUCAGGCUUCCAUUAUUUACAUAAGAUUAUGUCAUUGACCUUUACCAGUUUACAUCGAUUUGCUAGGCGGGCAGCCCAACUGGUCACUGUGGCCUUGAAUCCAGCUGUCGUGAAAGUACCGUCAGCAAAUAAAGUAAUAAACUACACAAAAUCAACGUCCUAGGUAAAUGUCAACUGCAUAUUUAUCACAACAUCGUAGCAAGCCAUCGACAACUGAAAGUAAUGCAGAGUAAACACUGAGCAAAUUGUCAACAAUUUAAAAAAUCAUCUGUCCGACUGAAGGAUAGAUAAACACAAAAGUUAUGUUGGUGGACAGUUCAAAUAGGAAAAAUAACUCAAAUUGUAUAAUAUUGAUGUAAAGCAGUUUUAGAACGUGGGCAUUAGAUAAAUUAGAUAAAUGGAGAAUUGUUAACCGUCUUCUUGUAUAAAAAGUAAAUUAACCUCUACCAUGUCGGAUACCACGAAUACGUUUUCACUCAGACUGCAUAUAUUUAAUACAUUUGCACUGUUUAAAACUGAUAGAAUUGUCAGUAUAUGUAAAAUGUGUUAUUUUUCUGUAUAAUUCAUAUAUGUCAUCAGAAAAAAAACUGUUUACAAUGUAA